UGAACUCGAGAUGCUUUACAGUCAUUUCACAAAGCCUCACAGGGCCUAGGAGAGGGAGGGGACAUAACGAAAAUAAUAGUACUACGUUGGGAGCAACAGCCCCCUGUCAGAUUGUGCUGGGGCAACACACACAAUGUCAUGGCCUAUGUGAGAGAGAGUCUGUGUCUGUCUGACGUGCACGUCACUGUGUGUGUGUGUGAAAGUCUGUCUGACAUGCACAAUGUCAUUGUGUGUGUGACAGAGUCUGUGUCUGUCUGACACACACGUCAUUUGUGUGAAAGUCUGUGUCUGUCCAACGCACACAACGUCACUGUGUAAGUGAGUCUCUGUCACACACACCCUGUCUGAGAGAAUGCCUGUGUCUCGCACACAAUGCCAUCAUAUGUAUGUAGGUGUCUGUCUCACACGCACACAAAAAUCUCUUUCUGUGUGUGUCAAAUGGAGAAUCCCUCUCCCAGGGUCUGUCUCCCCACCUGCGGUCCCUUUAAGCGAACGCACACUUCCGGGUCUCUGCCUGUGAUGUCAUUCACCUGGGCCAAUCACACAAGGACAUGUCGCUGGGGAGCCAAUCCGAGUGGAGGGACGUGCGGUUUGUUGCCAUGGCGACAGUAGCCGGGCCUAGGCCCCGGCUGGCGGUGGGAAGCAUGGACCUGAGCCGGGGGCUGGAGAGCCUACCCGUGUCGGUGUGGCCGCCGUCCGAGGAACCCCCGGCCUUCCAGUAUAGUCCAGAGCACGUGGCGGGAGCAGGAGAAGACACUGACCCUUCUGAAAUCACUUUUCCAGGAUGUAAUUGUCUUACUGCUUCCUGUGUGACCAACAGUUGUUCGUGUCUUCGUCAUGGUGAAAACUAUAACAGUUCAUGCAUCAAAUACAUAGGAAGUGAAGUGGACUAUACUAGGCCUAUUUUUGAAUGCAAUGCCAUGUGCCAUUGUGGUGAGUUCUGUCAAAACAGGGUUAUUCAGAGGGGUUUACAAUUCAGACUUGAGGUGUUCAAGACUGUUAAGAAGGGUUGGGGUCUCCGCACACUGGAGUUCAUACCUAAAGGAAGAUUUGUGUGUGAAUAUGCUGGUGAAGUUCUGUGCUUCCGUGAGGCAUGUAGAAGAAUACAGGCACAGACACCAGAGGAUUCAAACUAUAUUAUAGCUGUGAGGGAACACUUGUAUGAUGGACAGAUAAUAGAGACAUUUGUUGAUCCUAUGAAUAUAGGAAAUGUAGGCAGGUUCCUGAACCAUUCUUGUGAGCCAAAUUUAUUUAUGGUUCCUGUCCGAAUUGACUCUCUAGUGCCCAAACUGGCACUUUUUGCUGCUGCUGCUAUCUCUGCUGGAGAAGAGCUUUCAUAUGAUUAUUCUGGAAGAUUUCUUAACGUACCGCUAAUCAAAAAAGAGCAUGAAAUGUUGGAGGAAGAUGAUAUAAUGAAAAAACCCUGUUACUGUGGUGCUAAAUCAUGUGUUGGUUUUUUACCGUAUGAUAGCUCUCUGUGCUAUACACUGGGCAAACAAACUUUUGGCAAAGUUUCUCAAGGAAACAGCUGUGCAUAGGGAUUCAAAAAGAUUGACAUCACUGAAUAUAGCAUCUAUUGUCAGAUGUGCCUAGACAAAAAUGAAUGAGAGUAUUCUGCCCCGCCGCGCAAAAAAACAAACCACAGGGCCCCCUCCCCACAUAUACCCACACCAACAGUUAUAGCAAGGGUAGAAGUAUAACAGCAAGAUGUGGGAGGGGGAAAUGGGAAAUGCUACUCCACUUAGCUUCAAGUGAAAGGUUAAAUGACUAAUUAGGACUACAGGCAAAGUGUAGGAAGUAAUUGUUAUGUACACUAUAAUCUUAUGCAGUUAGAGGCAUUUGGCCUUCAUCUUUACAUUUCCCAGUACGCCCAGGACACUGUGAACCCAUAACCUUACAUCUCAGUAAGGGUUAAUACUCAACACAUAGGUGAAGGAAAAGUCAAAACAGAGGCACUGAUGGUGCAAAAUAAACAGAAGCUAAGGCAGCUGUAAAGUGCUGCAGAUGAGUAUGUUAGAUAGUAUAUGCAAAAGGGAAAAAUGCUGUUUUUAAGAGAGGAGAUCGCAAUCUGGCUUACUGCUCUGACUGUUAGAGCCAGCCUUGGACAAAAGCCAAGACAGAGUGCCUGACAAUAUCCUCAAAUAACACGCUGAACAAUCUCCUGUACUCUCAACUUGAUUCCAGGUUGAUGAUGCAAGAGAUAGCUAAACGGGUGACCUGCUGCCACAGCUAACCUUUUCCUGUUAAAACAAGAAAACUUACGAUAAAUUGCCACAGCUCAAAGGCAGCUAUAUAUCUCACUGUUUCAAUGGACAGUGAGAUAUAUAGAAACAGAUUAAAUUAGGAUGGUAGGUGCAGAAAAGAGGGAAUUUGGGGAGAUGAAUUUUUUUCCUUAUCUAACUCACUUGAGAACUAAAGCUUGAAAAAAAAUCAAGGUGACAGGUGCAAAUUAACAGUGGCAUUUAGAAAGGUGGCACCCAUUUUUUUUUAAACUGUGUGCCAUUAAUAACUCUUGCAAACUAAAACUAUUUAAAACAUGAAUUGUCUUGCCUGGUCUGGAGCCUGUUUGAAAAUUAGGAGUCACUUAUAGCUAUAGCUGAGGCCCUCCUAUUUCAUGACCAACUUUUACAGAAAAACAUUAAGUAAAAUGCAUUCCCUCUUCUCCAUCUUUUGCCAGCUCUUCCUACUCACCCCUCUUGACUGUAACUGGCUAGGGAGAUAAUUCUGUUCCAUGAACUUGCCGUUGCAUUUUCUCCUCUGUUCCCUGAAAUGGACUGUGUAGCCCAGGCCUUCUCUGUGAUCAUUCAAAUUUUUUUUUCUAAACUAGCUCCAUCUCAAGGCAUAGGCUCGGUUAGCCACAAGAGGGCACCAAUGUAGAUGUAUAGUCAUCCCUUUGAAAUAGCAUGCAUCACCUCAGUGAUGUUUCCAACUGAUGUUGGCAAAAUAACGGAGGGAGUGGGCAGAAAAUCCAAAUUCCACUCUGUGGAAGAGCAUAAUACACUACCUGUGUGUCUGGCAAAACAGACGAAAGUAGUAGAUGCUAAUAUACAACACCUUUACAAACAAGCAUCUGUUUCUGCACUGUUCAACAGAUGGUAGAGAGAAGACAGGGUUUUGUUUUGUGUAAUAUAAGUCCUUUCAAGCAUUUUUUAUGCAGUCAGAUGUUUUAUUGUUAGCCUCUUUUUUCCUCUCAAACCAAACUGGUUUCUACUUCUGGUUACAAGGAACAGGGAAGCAGAGUUUUGCCAUUGCAGAUAGAAGGGAUAGUGGUGCUUAAAAGAUACAUAAAGUAAUCACUACACUUCACAACUAAAAAAUAUUUAGCAGUACGAGUUAAGAAAGUUGCUAGUUUUAGUCCAGUUGUUGUGAACAAGUGACUGUCACAAAACCAUCCACUAGCGCUGUUACUGAUUUUCAUCAGUCUAUAACUGAUGGUGUCAGAGUAUUUCCUCUCUUUUGCCCUUAGAAAUGAUUGCUUCUACUAGCAGUGCAUGGUGGAGGUCUACAUAAGAGCAACUUCCUAUUUGUUGCUGAACUGAGUAAGCAAAGGGCUACAAGGGUGGCAACUAACUCACCUGUCUCCCUUAAGAGAUGAAAUGCACAAUCACUUAGCACUUCAUUUUUCUUUGGGGGCAAGAGGGAAUCUUAUUGUAAGCAAGCAGGAUAUUUCAAUUGAAUUUCUAUCAUAAAAUUAAAAAAAUAGAUGAGAUUAAUAUUUUUAUGCAUGAGGCAUCUGCACAAAAGAACCACCCUUUCCCCUACCUAAAACUGAUCUUUACUGGACAUUCCAGAUAGAAGAGUUGAAAAUGUAGAACAUGGAAGAUGUUUUAGAGCCCUGGAAAAGACCAUACUUUGUUCUUCUCGGCAGUUAGGCCCCAAUCAGGGCAGAGCUACUCACAGACCCUAGUUUAGAAAAGGAAAAGGGUCUCUUACUCCUUUCCUGUAAUUCCAUACAGUCUUUGGUUGUAGCAUGCUUUAAGUACAGUCUGUUUCAGUUGCCCUAGUUUAAAGAUUUAGUGUUCCCCUACACUGUCUUCUACUUCCGUUUCCAGUGUCUCCCCCCUAAGAUUAUACUACUGGGAAACAGACACUGCCUUGGCAGUAAAAUUUGAAAGGCAAGUAGAUUCAUGUAUGCACUGCUUAGUUCUAGCUUACUGUUAAUGUUUUGUUGUGCUGUUGAGUGGUGAGGUGGCACAACAUAUAUUAAUCAAUUAAAGUCAAUUUUUGAGACCAGGAUGGAUGGAUCAGUUGCCAGUGGAUCGAAUUUAAUUAUACUUUUUAAAAAAAUCAAAACCUGCAUUUUACAACACAGAAAGAUCCAUUCAGUCCGUAAAAGUUAUUUCAAUGUAUGUUUUCUGUAAUACGGUAUGUAGUCUGUGGCUCACUUACUGUAUUGUUCAACUUACUGAGUAGAUCAUGUUAUAAUGCACUGUACAGUGCAUUUAUUAAAUAUACAAAGUGUUCAAAACAUACAUAUCUGUCCACUAACUUUAUAAACAAAUCUGCUUUAUUCAGGUACUUUGGAAUAAUUGCUGGUGAAGUAUUGCAAUGGUAGAGCACCUUCAGCAAGGUGACUACUGUUUACCACAGUGACUCAGAAGCAAUAUUGCACAUUAACAUUCUGAUUUUCAGCAGUAAGAGGAUGGCGUGAAGGGUUCCACACCACACAAACAUUUCAAGUAGGAUAAGGAAUACAAUUCUGUGGAACUAGUUCCAGUUCCACAUGCUGCUGCUUUUCUAACUGGAAAAGAUGGUCAGUGACAACACCCUUCACAAUCUGUUCCUGUAAGUCCUGGAGAUUUGAGAAACAACCAGUCAGAGGGACACUUCUGCCAAACACUUAAAGAAAGAACACUAAGGGUAGAUGUUGUUAAAAGGUAGUUCUGGGUCUGUUUAAUUUUUUGUUUUUAUGUCCCCUGCUGGCAAGUGAGACACUAUUGUACUUUUAAGUUUGUAAGAAGUCUGUAUUUCCAGUCAUGCUAGUUGUCCUGCUGGAGCAGUCAGCACCUAAACAGUUACUUUAAAUACACAUUCUAAUUUGCUACCCUUGUUUUUCUGAAGGGUUUUGUCCAGAUAGCACCUCCCCUGACAAAAUGCAUCUUCACUGUUUUCCAGCUGUUAGUUUGCAAAAGGAGUAUCUCAUCCAUCCAUCUUGGAAAGGGAAGAGCUUUGGUUUUGCUCGCUGUUACGGAGGUGCUAGUCUUUCCCCAGUUUCCCAUUUUGACAGCCCACAUCUUCCCUAAAGCCCAAUCAAGGCACCUACAAUUUCACUUCUGUCAAAGAAAGACAAUUAGAGCUUGUGUUAGGAUCACAUUUUUAUGCAAAGUUUGGAGUAAUGCACAGAAGACAUCCAAGAGGAGGUAGCAUUCAAAAAAAUCGAAUGCCUAAGGCCAAAAGAUCCUGUUGGUAUUACAUUUUCAACUUUUUAAACAAUGUUAAAAAUAAAGUAUCAGUGUAGCUGUAAGUGACAUGAAUGUAUCUUCUAUCCUCAACUAUGAGUUGAUUGAAUGUAUUUUUGCAUUUUUAAAGUGCCUUUCAGCCAAGGAUACCCAAGCGUAAGGCUUCAAGUGUUGCCAAAGAGCACCCUAUUGCCAUAAGUCAGACCCCAAACAGAAGAGACGCUGCACAAAUGAGAAACAAUGUGAUCAUUUUUCCCAUUCAGUAGCACUACUGGCUCUCUUGCUAGCUACAUACAAGACAACGAAACAAAAUGUACAAGGGUGUUGCUAUAGUUCCCAGUCAGCAUGUGUUUAUUGUGGGUGUGUGGCAAGGGGUGUUUUGUUUUUGCACACUGCUGUCUUACUUGGCAGGACAGGUUUGAGAAAACCAUGUGCCACAAUGGAAAGACUAAGUAGCUGUCUAAUCUUAUCAUAACAGUGCAACCACUGCCUGUUUCAGAGCACUAGUUCAGUAAAUGUGAUAUAGCAGACAGAGGAAGUGUCCUUUCAUUUUAUUUGUUACAUGUCUCCAUUGUUUUUCCUUAUCAGAAUUAGAUCCCAUUACUUUAGCCUAAUAAUCCAUUUCUGGGAGGGGACCACUUCCCAAUUU